ACAGCUGCGACCUCCCACUGGGGAGGAGUCAGCCAAACCUCAUAUGUUGUCGCUGGGUUUGCUCCUAUUAAUUCAGCCAAGGUGCUCCGAGGAUCCAGAACAACAACAUCUCUGCAGAGAGCAACACUUCUACUGAGAAAUAUGCAAAGCCCUCCAAAGCCCCAGUUCGCCAGCUGGCUCAUAGAGCAGGUGGAGACGCGCCAGUACACGGGCCUGUGCUAUGUGGGCCGAAACAAGUUCAGAGUCCCCUGGAAGCACAACUCCAGAAGGGACUGCAGUGAUGAGGACAGCAAGAUAUUCCGGGCAUGGGCAGUGGCCAGCGGGAAAAUCAAUGAGUUCCCCACCGAUAAGGCCAGGUGGAAAACCAACUUCCGAUGCGCUCUCAACAAUCUCUCUGUGCGCUUCAAGAUGAUAAAAGAUAACUCCAAGAAUUCUGACGACCCUCACAAAAUCUACGAAAUCAUCAACACCGGAUACAACCAAGGCAGCCUGCCAGACUCCCAGGAAGAUUCUGACAUGGUCCCAGAUAUCUACAGCUCUCCCAUAGAGUACUUCCCCUCAGGAAAUGAGCACAAUCUGCUCAACAAUUUCAUGGCCUUGGAUCUUGGCAACCAGCAAGCAGAGAAGCAACCGUGGGCAGAGGGCUAUGGUCAGCACAUUCCAGCUGCCCUGCCCUAUGUAGCAGUUGAGAACCACCCACAGCUUCUACCAGAUCAGCCUUCCUACUGUGAGGUAAAUCCUCCACCAGUCAUCGGUUCACCUGUGCAACCAUCUAUAUAUGACCUGGAGAUCUCCAUCCACUACAGGAAGAAAGAAAUGCUAAAGACCACUUUGUCCACUGCCCUUCUCCAGCUCCACUACCAGCAGGAGGCCCCUGAGCUCAAUGCCCAUCGCCUCUGCUUCCCCUCCACUGACGGUCUGCUGGACCAGAAACAGGUUGAAUACACCAACCGCAUCCUUAGCAGCAUCCAGAGAGGUCUGUUCCUCAGGGUACAAGAGACUGGUAUCUACGCCUGGAGGCAGGACAGGUGCCAUGUGUUUGCCAGCACCAGUGACCCCAGUGCGGCUCACCAAGGCCCAGCCAAGCUGCCACAGAACACCAUGGUGGAGCUCCUCAGCUUUGAGAAAUAUGUGAAUGAGCUGAAGCAGUUUAGAGAGAACAAUGGCAACUCUCCUAACUACACCAUCAACAUGUGCUUCGGAGAGAGGUUUCCUGAUGGAAAACCUUUGGAGAAGAAGCUCAUUGUAGUCAAGGUGGUCCCUCUGAUCUGUCGACACUUUGAAGAGAUGGCCCAGAUGGAGGGGGCUUCGUCACUUCACAGCGCUAACGUCAGCCUACAGAUCUCACACAACAGCCUGUAUGACCUUAUUAACUCUGUCUUUAGCCUGCCGACAGCUGAGGAGUCAGCACGGGCUGCUGAGUCUUUUCUACCUCAGAUCUGAAUUUUUUUCUGUCACUCAACCCUACUGGGGUCUAUCUUAACUCCCUAUGGGACACACUCCCUGCUUUUACCCAAAGCUUUGCUGACAAGUAGCCAAACUGGUGACCUGUUGAAUGUGUUAGAGUAGCUGAAGCAGGAGUACAUAUAAUUUAAUCGGUCAUCGCAUUCUGUGCAAUUACUGAUAAGCUGUAACUCCACCCUCCUGCUUUGCUUUAUCUCCUGUUAACUAUUAGUGUCACAUUAGUCACCAACUUUAGGCAAAAAGUGACGUUCUUAUCACUACAUAAAUAGAAAUGAGCUCCUCCACUGUUAGACUGUUACUUUACUCAAGGGCCAAUGGCCUUGCCUUCAAACAAACUUGUAUAUUAUUGCUGUAAAUGUCAAAUCAUCUCUUAAUGAAAUGUGUCCUUUCCAAUUGAUAUAUGUAUGUUGUGACAAAAUGAUGCCUAACAUGACGGAAAAUCCUGUUAAACGUGAUGUUUUUGCGCUUUGCUCACGUAUUUGUGAGCUUUUAAAAUGCAAAUUAAAGCUAAAUGAUGUAUGUGACAGGGUUUUUAUUAUGUGUCUUGCAGCCAUUGACUGCAGUAUAUCCAUGUUUGUGGUGGAUUGUUUUGCACUUCAGAAUUUGUUCACCUUUUUUUAUCCUCUGCUGGUCAUUUUUGCACUUUUCACACUGGAAAAUCUAAACUGGCAUUAUUUAGAUUUCAAAUAAAGUCUUUAACCUUGAACAAGGCCUCAGUUCUUUAUCCAUAUGGUGAAAUGUAUGACUUGUAAAUGCUGAAAAGUAUUAUAUGGAGAUCAUACAGUGGAUCAAUACAAAAGUAGAUUAUACCCAAAAGUUCUGUUUUCUUAAAAUCAAGCCUUUUUCAUAAGCUUUCAAAAUGUAAAAGUCCCUUUAGUGGCUCCCAAAGCUGAGCCCUUACAGUGUAACUCAGGUUUGUCCACUGUAACCAAAAAAGAAAUGAAUAUAUAUAUUUCCUAAUUAAAACAUUGUCCCUAAUAAGAAAAUGACUACAAAAAAAGCUGUUUUCAGCCUGCUGUGGUGGCUCAGUUUGGAACGUAACAAGACUCACUAUUACUAUGAUUCUCAUAGUAUAUCUUCAAACCCCAAACCCUUGAACGGUGGAAUCAGUAAUUCUGAAGAAAGACUGUCGACACCUGAACUGAACACUCAAACAAGUAGAUUUAGGCUGAAUCCAAAUGUCCACCCUCUGUGACAUGUUCACUGUCAUCACGUUAAGUCUGCAAGGGCAGAGAUUUCAAGCUGCUGAUAGACAGGCCUCAAGUUUGUUGGAACAUUCAAGCUGAUCACUGCGGUCAUAUUCCUCACGCAAGUUGAUGAAUAGUGUCUGCUCAUCUGUCCCUGCAGAUGACAAGAUAUAAAUCUUAUGUAUAGCCUUUUUUGGGACUGAACAAAAUGAUAUUCCUACAUCUCUAUAUAACAUAUAGGCUACACACACUCAAAAAUCAAAAUGUCUGCAAAUAAGGACACAACUAUGACUAAAUAAAGUGGGUAUCACGUACAUUAGAGCAGUGGUUCCCAGUCACAGUGGGUUGCGGGUCCAUUCUGAAUGGACUGCAAGUGACUUGCAAAUGUGUCAAGUUUGUAAAAAAACACUUUAUUUUUAGGUGUAGUGUAUUUCCGGCACAUUGUCUUUAUUUUGACGUGCUGCUUCCUGCUGUAGAGUUAGUGAAGAAUGGACAGCUACUUAGAGAGACUGGAAAAGUAGCUCCAUGACAUGGCAAAAUUCAGGUAUGAUGAUGAAUAUAUUAAACUGUGUGGACCUUGAACUAAUGACUCAGGAGAUAUCUGGAAAUCUUUUGUUGUUUUUCAGCCAUUUUUUUAGCCUGUUGGGCUGUAAUAAUAAAAUUCGUUUUCACUCUAUUCUCUCUACAGCCUAUAUUUAAUACAUAUAUCUGGAACAUGAUGUGGUUGAAUAAUAUUUCUGACUUACACAACUGAAGUAGCAUUUUAAUGGACCCAACUAUCAAUAACUAUUUUACACAUUCAUUAAUUGUUUUUUCUUUAGUCAGGAAUUGAAAAAACUAUGUCACAUCUGUAUAGCAAUGAAUUGUGGGUAGUUAAAUCAAGGAUGUCUGGUUCAUUUUGCUCCUAAGUGGACGCUCAGGAAGUCUGCAGAAAGUCUCCUUGAGGCUCCUUGUGGACUGGAUAGAUUGUGGAUUGGGACAGCCCUAAGCACUCCCAGACUCCCAGAACACACCCGAAAAGUCUGCCGUCUUAAAGUGCGGUAUAGUCCAGACGUGGAUUCAGACUUACUGUCCCUUUCACUUUCACGGUCUUUUUCUUUAUACGCCCAUGACCUUCCCCCUGUCCCCUGCUCAAGCAUCCAGCCAGUUCACUGGUUAUGAACACCAGAUUUUUUUUUUUUCAGCACACACAUCUAGCGGACCAUGAAAAAAAAGUGUAUUGGAUUAGAACUGCUGACUGCACCUUUAAAUUGAAACGUCAAGACAGAAUGAGAAGUUGUAAUUGAAUUAAACUGAGACGAAAUCCUAUUUAUUAUCAGUGAUUUAUUAUCAUACGUGUUCCCUCUUAGAAACACCUGACCUGUUUGAUCAAGUAAAUGCAGAAAAAAAGUAAAAUACAUUCAGAUAAACAUGAGCACCUGUUUUUGUCGAUUCUUCCACUCCUCGUCCUUGGCUUUAUAGAGCCGCAUUAAACGUGACAACACAGUACAAGGCAAGUCCAACCACCCACCUAAUUAAACUGUACAGUUGGCAAACAAACUACUGUAGACAACAAAAUGGUGAACAAGCAGAAUAAAGAUUCUGUUAAAUAAAGCAAUGCAGAGCAGUUAAGGACGUCACCAAGAGUAAGGUUUGGACACAAUGACAAAGCAGUCAUAAUGAGGCUGUAAUUACGUACCACAGACGCCUCAGGGUGAACACUGAAAGGAUUCUUUUAAUGUUCCCAACUAAAGGCAUGUGUUCACGUCUAUCAUACCUACUCGACAUGAGAUUUUCUAUUGUUUUUAUAUGUGGAAAUCGAUCCCAUGAAAUUAGCUUAGUGCUUAUUAAUAAACAUUAAAUACAAAAUGGAAAAAACUGUAGUUAAAAUGUUUAUGGACAUGAGAGCACCGGGUAAGACUGACAAAUUACAGACGUUAACAUUUUUGCAAGAUAACGGGGACUGCAACACAGCCCAUUCAGACAUGAAGUCUGUAUAAUAAGCUUUUUUUCACUCAAACAUAAAACCUAUACUACCUACUGUAUCAUGGAGUGGUAGUCUCCACUGGUUAAAAACAGAAUGCCCAAAAACAAAAUGAAUCUAUAUUACUGAGGGAAAUAGUAUAUUUUUAUUAUCUUUUUUUUAACUACUUUGACACAGAAACAAAAUCCUCCCUGGUUUUCUACAUUUCAGUUAUGGGUUGAAAAUCGGAUAAUGCUGAGAAUCAAAGGUUUGUUUGGAACAUAUGAAAACAAGUAUUCCUAAAAGCAUAGGCUGUUUUUCAAGAGGAGUAUCUCCAUUUUUUGUUUCAAACUGCUUGGCCUAGAUUUAACUCAUUAGACAUGGACAUUGGAGAUGUGGAAGGCAGAUAACAGAGGCUUUCAAAUACAAAACAUAAACCAAUCAACUCUAUAAACUAGAGCCAUUUAUGCCAGUCAUUCACAACAGGCAGCACAGAUGAAAGAAACAUACGAGUGGAUAUAUCAAAUCUAUAUUAUUUACAACCAAAUCUAAAAUUGUUUAGUUACUCUACUGAUAAAUUUUCUACAAAAAUUGCAUAACAGUGUUGUUCCUUAAUGUGACAAACUUGUUCAAUAUGCAUACUCUGCAUACUUUCACACCACUUACGAACCAACAGAAUUAGUUUUGCCACUGAUAAAUACCCCUCGACUCCCCACAAAACAAAA